CUCUCCACCUCAUAUUCAUCCGAAACAUCCAACCAAACCCUAAUAUCACUUCUCAUCUUCUCCAUCCCUCUCCAUUCUUAUCAUUCUUACAUAAAGUCUCAUAUUUUAAAAUCUCUUAAUCCCUUUCUUGAAUCCAGAUUUCUAUCCGUUGAAAGGUGUUAACUUUGUUGAUCCAAAUCAUUCAAAACGAACCUAGACUUGUGAUUCGACUCCUAUUGAUUUGUGAUUCUCCUCUAAGCUUACAGAUCUUUGGAAGAGGAGUUGAUUUAGAUCAGUUGAUUUGUUUUUGGAUUGAGGGUUUUGGUUUUAGAUCUAAUAAAAGAGAGAGAAAACCCUAAAAAAAUAUCGGAUUUUUGUACAGCAGCAACCGACAAAGGGUUUGAAGCUGAACGAGUUCUACAUUUUUGCGGAUAAAGCUCCCAGUGAUUUAUUUGCCUCAGAAGCAAUUAGUAGAUGGCUGAUCAAGUUUUAGAAGGAAGCCAACCAGUAGAUCUUGCCAAGCAUCCUUCUGGAAUCGUGCCUAUACUACAGAAUAUUGUAUCUACUGUCAACUUGGAUUGCAAGUUGGACCUCAAAGCCAUCGCUUUACAAGCUCGUAAUGCUGAGUAUAAUCCAAAGCGUUUUGCUGCCGUAAUCAUGAGAAUAAGGGAGCCCAAAACAACUGCAUUGAUAUUUGCUUCUGGGAAGAUGGUGUGCACUGGGGCUAAGAGCGAGCAGCAAUCUAAGCUUGCAGCGAGGAAGUAUGCUCGAAUUAUACAAAAGCUUGGGUUUCCAGCCAAGUUUAAGGACUUUAAAAUUCAAAACAUCGUCGGCUCUUGUGAUGUGAAAUUCCCCAUUAGGCUUGAGGGGCUGGCAUAUUCUCAUGGUGCCUUUUCAAGUUAUGAGCCAGAACUCUUCCCAGGUCUGAUCUAUCGAAUGAAACAGCCAAAGAUUGUGCUGCUUAUUUUCGUAUCAGGCAAAAUUGUUCUCACGGGUGCCAAGGUUCGAGAUGAGACAUACACAGCCUUCGAAAAUAUAUAUCCUGUCCUAACUGAGUUCAGAAAGAGUCAGCAGUAACAUAUGGCAACUGUCUUAUUAUGUUAAGUAUGUAUCUUUGUACUCGAAUAGAAGGGGUUUAAGCUUUUCCUCAUGCCUAUGCCGUUGCUACAAUUUCGUGGAAGAUUCAUUCCAAUUGUAAAUAUAGGAGACCACAUCACCGGCAAUUGCAAAUAUGGGAGGACAUUGGCCUCGGGUUCUGGCUUUUUUGAUGCAUCUGAUAAAUUAUGAGGAGACUUUAGAGUGUAAACUGUGGAAUUCACCAAGUGUGCGACUACAUGAGGGGAAAAAAAUUAACAAAAAAGAACUAUUUUUUUUUUGGAUGCAACUCUGCCGUUUUUUUUUUUUUUAUAUUAAUAAGAACCACUCUUGGGUUCAUGAUGUUUUUCUUAACUAUAUCAGUUGUGAGGUUCCUUUGUCAUAUGUUUUUCUCGACUUAGGGUCCCUCUGUAGUGGACUUGCCC